UGGCUCACAAUUUGCCUGAGGAAAUCAUACACGAUAUACUAUAUAGGCUACCGCCUAAAUCUUUGAUCAUAUGCACCUCGGUGUGCAAGCCAUGGAACUCCAUGAUAACAAAAUCCGAGCUUUAUACGCACCCACCUCAACCGUACAAUCGAUCUUAAUAACCAGUUUGGCACCCACCUCCUCCUUGUGUACUGUGAUGGUAUGGUUAAACAUGUUAGCACCAGCAAUGGUGUGAUUGAAGAAGAGUUAUUGGAGGAGCAUUACAAUUUGCAUUAUGACAACCUUGCUUUUGAUGAGUACUGCAGACUAGAAUUUCCAAUUGUUCCCAAGGACGAACUGCGCAAUAAAGUUUUAAAUGUGGUCGGCAUUUGUAAUGGGCUGGUGCUUCUUGCGGAUUGUAAAUUUUGUUCAGGUAACACCGUCAUGUUAUGCAACCCGUCUACGAGAAAGUCAGUGACCCUUCCUAAGCCUCAUAAUAACUUCAAAGGAUAUUGCGGUUAUCGUGAUUGUAUUGGUUUUGGUUUUGACGCUGUGACUAAUGACUACAAGGUUGUGAGAAUUACCGUUCAUCAAUGGGAUGAUCCGAGUGCUUCAUAUGAGGUUUAUUCACUGGCGGCAGGCUCAUGGAGUGAUCCUUGUUCUUUGGAUCACAUAAGUGGACUUAAAAGAACUUGCCAAACUGUUUUGUUAAUGGUGCUAUUCACUGGCAGGCAUUCAAGCGUUUGACAUAUGGUGGUUCUGAAGAUUUCAUUUUGGCGUUUGACGUGGACAGCGACUCAUUUCGCAGGAUAAGGUCACCAGAGAAUUUGAGAAGCUCAUGUGGCGAGCACUUGUAUAUUUCAGGUUACGGGAAAUCUAUUGCUCUGUCCAAGCCUUAUUACAGUAAUAUUGGAGAGCGUUGUCUUGAUAUAUGGGUGAUGAAAGAGUAUGGCGUGGAAGAGUCGUGGACCAAGACAACUCUUUGUCCAGCAGGUCCACAAAGAGGAGUUUGGUACUUGCCAUCAUGUUCUAGGAAGAGUGGUGAUGUAGUGUUGGAACCGAUGGAUGGUUAUUGGUAUGCUGAUGAAGGGUAUGAAUUAGUUUGUGUAGACCUUGUGAGCAAGCAAUUUAAAAGUCUUGGAAUUCUUGGAUAUGGACAUUUCUAUGUGAAUCUUACGUUGAGAGCCUCGUCUUACUCGACAAGACCGAUGCAGUUUCUUACUGAGGAAAACAACAGGUAAGGUGGUAUGACGGCUUCUGUUUAGCUGCCAAGUGAUGACAUAAUGUUCUUCAGAAGUUUAUGAAGACUUUGAAUCUAUUGCUUUUCUUUCUGUUUGGUAGGAUAUGAUUGGGAAUUUGGCCCCUUUUUACCAUUUGCAUUUCCAUUGAAUAGAAG